AGUGGGCAAAGAGUGGAGUAUCAGCUCCAUGUGGAAUGCGAGUUGACAGUUUGUAGUCGGCCGACCGAGGAGAUCGACUGUAAAGAGAUCGUCGCGCGAUUGCUGUUCGAUUCGAUCGCUGAUUGUCUUUUUUUCUUCUUGGAUUAAAUACGGAGACGUGAAAGAAAGAAACCGAGCAUCAUACGUUGCGAGAGAAACUGUUCAUCGAAAAGCGAAUUCAACCCUUCGACGCGUAAGUGAAAAUCGAAAGCUACGAACGACCUGUCAAUUAUACACCAUAGAGGAUAAUGGGAGGUAUGAGCCAGAGGCCAUGGACCCCCACGAAGAGGAGGGGUCCGAUCGCAGCUGAAUACAGCAGUCCUGGACCAGCAUGUGUGACUCUACCACCACUCAUAGGCAAAACCGUUCCAGACUCAAAGAGAGGCAGAGCACCGGCGUUCUCUUUUGGCAGCAGACACGCGAACAAGAACAACAGUCCAGGACCUGGUCCGGGUCAAUACAACGUUUCUGGCCUCAGUGCGAAGGGCAAAGAUGGUGCACCAGCGGCUUCUUUACACGGACGUACGAAAAAUGGUAAAACUGAACAAACUCCGGCCCCAGGUGACUACAAUCCCGAAAAGGCCGUAAAAGUCGUCUCGGACAGUUCGCCGAAGUAUUCGUUCGGCGUGAAGACGCAAACAGAAAAGCCAAACUCAACACCAGCUCCGGGUGAAUAUUGUCCAGAGAACGUCAACCUGGAUAAAGCCCCUCAGUACAGCUUCGGCGCGAGGGUUCAGCAAGAAAAACCUAGCGAUGUCCCUGCUCCAGGCACGUACAGCCCUGAGAAGGUAAAUCUAGACAAGGCCCCUAGGUACAGUUUCGGACACAGAGUAUCGACUGAAAAGCCUAGCGAUACUCCAGCUCCUGGAACUUACUGCCCCGAGAAGGUAAAUUUGGACAAGGGUCCUCAGUACAGUUUGAGUGGGAAAGCACCGCCUGACAAACCAAACGAUACACCAGCACCAGGCACUUACAGCCCGGAGAAAGUUAAUUUGGAUAAAGGACCUCAGUAUAGCCUGAGUGGAAAAGGUCAUAUGGACAAACCCAACGAUGUUCCAGCUCCUGGUACAUACAGUCCAGAAAAAGUAAAUCUAGAUAAGGGGCCACAGUAUUCCCUCAGCGGUAAGGGUGCUCCAGAAAAACCAAGUGACACUCCUGCACCCGGUACAUACAGUCCAGAAAAAGUAAAUUUGGACAAAGGACCACAGUAUAGUUUGAGUGGAAAAGGGACUGCUGAAAAGCCCAGUGAUACACCAGCACCUGGUACGUACAGUCCGGAAAAAGUGAAUUUAGAUAAAGGUCCGCAAUAUUCUUUGAGUGGAAAAGGGGCUCCGACAAAAGUAAACGACACACCUGCACCUGGUACAUACAGUCCGGAAAAAGUAAAUUUGGAUAAAGGACCACAGUACAGCUUGAGUGGAAAAGGUGCAGCUGAAAAACCGAGCGACACACCUGCGCCUGGUACUUAUUGUCCGGAGAAAAUGAAUUUAGACAAAGCACCGCUGUACAGUUUUGGACACAGAACACCACUCGAUAAACCAAAUGAUACCCCAGCACCUGGAACUUACUGCCCAGAAAAGGUGAACCUUGAUAAAGGUCCGUUGUAUAGUCUAAGCGGAAAAGGUGCACCUGAGAAACCAAAUGAUGUGCCAGCGCCUGGAACCUACUGUCCGGAAAAGGUGAAUUACCAUAAAGCACCACAGUAUAGUUUCGGGCACAGGACACCACUAGAUAAGCCAAACGAUACCCCAGCACCUGGAACUUAUUGCCCGGAAAAAGUGAAUCUAGAUCAAGGUCCUCAGUAUAGUUUAAGCGGGAAAGGUGCAUCCGAAAAAGGAAUUGACAAUCCCGCACCUGGUACAUACUCUCCUGAGAAAUUUAAUCUGGACAAUGCUCCACGUUACAGUUUUGGACACAGAACACCAAUAGAUCACCCAAGUGAUAAUCCUGCACCGGGCACCUACAGCCCUGAGAAAGUGAAUAUGCAUAAAGGCCCCCAAUAUAGCAUAAGUGGUAAAGGUACUCCUGAGAAACCCAGCGAUGUUCCAGCGCCUGGAACCUAUUGUCCUGAAAAAUUCAAUCACGAUAAAGCACCACAGUUCAGUUUUGGGCAUAGAACAUCACUAGAGAAACCAAACGAUACCCCAGCUCCAGGAACUUAUUGCCCGGAAAAAGUGAACUUAGACCAAGGUCCUCAGUAUAGUUUAAGUGGAAAAGGUUCACCCGAAAAAGAAAAUGACAACCCUGCACCUGGUACAUACUCUCCAGAGAAAAGCAAUCUGGACCACGCUCCACGUUACAGUUUUGGACACAGAACCCCGCUAGAUCACCCCAACAAUACCCCUGCACCAGGCACCUACAGCCCAGAGAAAGUGAACUUAGAUAAAGGCCCCCAAUAUAGUCUAACUGGUAAAGGUACCCCUGAGAAGCCCAACGAUGUUCCAGCUCCUGGCACGUACAGUCCUGAGAAUCACAAUCCUGACAAGGGGCCACAGUACAGUUUGACCGGAAAGGGGGUAUCUGAAAAACCGAAUAAUUUCCCAGGACCAGGUGCAUACUGCCCUGAGAAGGCUAAACUGAAGCAUGAUCCUUAUUACGGCUUUAGCCACAGAAUGCCAUUGGAAAAACCUAGUGAUACCCCAGCACCUGGUACAUAUAGCCCAGAAAAAUUCAAUCCUGAUAAAAUGCCACAAUAUAGUUUUGGACAUCGAACGCCUAUUGAGAAGCCAAGCGAUACUCCAGCUCCUGGUUCAUAUAGUCCUGAAAAAGUGAAUCUCGAUAAGGGUCCUCAAUACAGUAUUAGUGGAAAAGGAGCUUCAGAAAAGCCAACUGAUGUUCCGGCACCUGGGACGUAUAGCCCUGAGAAAAUGAACCUGGAUAACGCACCCCGAUAUAGUUUUGGACACAAAGUUGAUCCCUCAAAACCAAAUGACGUUCCUGGACCUGGAGAAUACAGCCCUGAAAAAGCUAUGAUUCUCUUCGAGAGAGCAUUACAGUUUACUUUCGGACUUAGACCACCUAUGAACAAUUUCAAUGAUACCCCAGCUCCCAAUGUCUACAACAUUCCAUCAGUCCUCGGCACAACGAAAGAAGGAAAUAAGAAGACUGCGCCAGCGUAUUCCAUUUCUGGCAGACAACGUGCUUUCACAGAUGACAGGAUCCUUGUACCAGGUCCUGGUUCAUACGAAGCCAUCAAAGCUGACGCAGUCAGAGCUAAAAGUCCCGCGUACAGUAUAAGCGCUCGUUAUCAACUGCCCGAUGAUCACUCCAAGAUUCCUGGCCCUGGUGCACAUUGCCCAGAAAAGGUGCAGCUAGACAUUCCUCCAGCGCACACUUUUGGCAUCAGGCACUCUCCAUACAUCUGUAACUUGAAGGACACCGUGUGCUAACUACUAAUAAACUAAGUUUUAUUAACCCACGUUGAUCUUUUUUUUUUUCAAACCCUGCAAUGAUUAAUGAAAAUAUCAUUUUUGCCAGUUGAUGAAUUUAACGCAUCUAAUCAAAAAACAGUGUAAUGAUUUCGCUUAGUUGAAGUCCAGUUGUUGCUUGUCUCAGUUUAUUGCAGAGUAGAAAUAUAAAGUGUGUUAGCACUGUAUAAUUUUUAGGGAAAAAUUUUAUUCGAGGCAAGUUAGAAAUAUGUUGGAUAUAUUUUUAAAACAGUGUUAGAGCUUUGUUAUACUCUUUAUUAUUAUAGACUGCUUGGAAGUAUUAUUCGAAAAUAAGAACUGGCGGGAACGUUCCUUUAAAAUACAAUAUUGGUAAAAAUUCUACUCACUCAUUCGCGAAUAUUGCAUGACUCUGGAGAAUGAAUUAUUUUUUGGCUGGCAGGACCUUGCCAAGUGUUAAAAAUAUCUAUAAUUGCGAAAUCGUUUACUUAUAAAAUAAAGUCAAAUCGACAAAGGGUAUAUAUUUAAUGAAAUCUAUUGUUAUGUUGACGAGAACAGCAGCUCAACUCCAACACAAUCUCCUAAAUCAUAGUACAGUUAAUAUUGUCUAAAUAUCAAGAUACCGUUUACUUACUACAAAAAUCGCGGUUUCGUUUAUGGAGACUCGUACGAGACUUUUAUUUACAAAAGAUUUUAUUCUGCAAAGCAAUCCAGUGCUUAGAGUUGAGCUGUAUGAAAUAUUUACAGUGCAUAUUUACAAACAUAUUCCGCAAGUUUAGUAUAAUAUGUAUUACUUACUUUUUCAAUAUAAGCUAUAUAUUCCUUUGAAAUGAGAUCAGCAGAGUUACACACUUUCAGACUCAGUAUUUAUUGGGUGAACUCUAUGGCCUAGGAAUUGUACAAAAUCUCAAUUGCACAGACAAGUUUUAAUGAAAGAAAUACGGCUAAUGUAGAUAAUUUAAACUGCAUGGAUUCAUUUAUAUACUGCUGAGCAGUUUCUGAAUUAGGAAAAACAAAAAUUUCUUUCAAUUUUUAUAAAACAAUCAUCAGUAUUUUCAUUUCUAUUUUCGCAUUCCGGAAUACAACAAGGCAGACAUUUCUAUGAAAAUAGCAAUACGGAUAGCCUAUUUCUUGUCUAUGUUAUAUUAGCAGUUUAUAAAAGUGAAUAUCAUCAUGUCUAACCAAUUCCAGCUGUAGUUUCGUAAAAUUUCUACAGAAUCGUUCGCAUCAAAUGCCCUUAUAGAUUGCCAGGGUAUGAUUAUACAGAAAAAAGUAAUAAAAAUAAUUUAACUUUUUCAUUGU